AUGUCUGACUUUACUUCAGACUCUGGCUUGGAUUCUGCCUCUGAUCGUGAAGGCCCUCAGGUGCCUUUCCGCAGCAGCCGCAGCGCCGCAAGACGUAGACGCAGAGUCCGUCAGAUGCAAGGACGGCGUCUCUAUGAAGCUGAUCUUCCUGACCAACACGAUGAUGACUCCGAUGAUGGCUCUGAAAGCGAGACUUCUGCGCAGUGGGCUACGACCCUUUACGCCACUCCCGAGCAGCUGAGAAACCUGCCUCCUCUUCCUCUCAAUCACUCAAACUACGUAACCGACAAUGCCGCUGCGUCUAACCCCAUCAACCCCUUCCUCGGCUCUCCUGUCCUUACAGAGUCUGAUUCGGAAGAUUCUGAGAAUGGCCUCAACAACGCUGUCUUUGAUGAUUCUGACAUCGAUGAGGCUGCUUCCGACAUCUCUGCGGAUAGUUUCGCCGACGUCGUCCUCGAUCCUCGUAUCCUCGAAGCAAUUGCUCCUGCAGAUUCUGGGCGAAACCCUAUCGUGAUCAAGUGCGCCCGCAUCAUUACCAGAAUGAGGGCCAGAAUUGCGGAGAAUCCUGUCAUCAUCACUCAAGAGCGCCGAAACGCCAUUAAGACCAUCGGCGAGAUCUUUCCGCUGCGCCGACUGACUUACGCUGGGGGCUUUUUCACUCGAUUCCAGCCCCUUGGCCUUUCACAUGAAGAAAUUCUUCUUGACGACGUAAAGGCCUCGUUGGCAAUGGAGCUGCAUUACAACGAACUGAUCGAGCGGUUCAAUAGCAUCAGGGAUCGUACGCAACAACUCAAUAACGAGGUCAGUGGCGAGGAGUUCCUUACUGACGAGGAGGACUAG